CUGGGUCGUCCCCAUGAGUCGCAGCACAUUUUUUUUACCAAAAGCCAGUUACUCAUUAAUAGCCAGUUUCACUUCUUUAUUCUUCUGGGUGGAGAAGGAAGCGUGGGCAAUUAUACAUUCAUUUCUUUUUCGUUCAUUAUUAUUUCUCACUUUGACACAGGGUUUCUGACCUCCUUGUAAUUAAAUCCAGUAAGCGGCGCUGGUUAGCUGUGCCUCUCAGAAGUAAAACUCCUCCGUUUUUCCCACUUUUCCCCCUCGGUGUUAGCUAGCUAAUUUACCAAGGCUUAGGUACCUCAAUCCCUGCAGCUGCACACAGACAUGUCGGAGUACCUGGACCCAUCUGUGCUCACCAAGGAAAAGCUGAAAACCGAGCUGGUGGCCCAUGACGUGGAGCUGCCGAACGGCAACCCGACAAAGGACGUGUAUGUGCAGCUUUAUCUGAAGCACAUUACCGCUAACAACAAGAAACAUGUCACCACGUCGGUGGACGUCUUCUCCAGCGACGAGGAUCUGCCGCCGCCCGUAGUCUCCAGCAGAAGUCGCUCCUCCGGCAGAAAAGCCACCAGGAAAACGGACAAGGUUUUGCCCGACGAGAUGGACGUCACUGUGCUGACGGAUGACAGCCUGAAGAACGAGCUGCUGAAGCACGGAGUGAACGCGGGGCCGAUUGUGGCCUCCACCCGUAAGCUGUAUGAGAAGAAGCUGCAGAAGCUUCUGGAUGACGGUCCUGCACAGCCGCCGCUGCCGGAGGUCAUCGUCACAGAGACACAAGUGAACCACAACGGCAACUCUGAGUCAGACCUGUACAGCGACAAGGAGGAUGAAGUGACAGCAGAGCCAGAACCUGUGCCUGAACCUGAACCAAUCCCAGUGGUGGACAGGCCGCUACGGAGCCGAGGGAAGACACCCGUCACCACCCGCACCCGCAGCAGCCAGCACCACACGAGAGACCAGUUGAUGGAUGAGGAAGAUGAUGAGGAUAGCGAGUCUGUCCUGCAAGUAAAGCGCAGAUCCAGGAGGCCGUCUAAUAGAAUGACAGUGCCUGAGGAUUUCAGGCCUUUAUUGACGGAUCAGUUCCAGGUAAAGUCCAACAGGAGGGUUAGCCAAAGAAUGGACAGUCCAGUUCGGGCUGAACCUCCCCCUAUCUCGUCAAGACCUGUGCAGCUCAAAGACAAAGAACUUGUGCUACUUCCCAAACCCAGCAAGGAUUCCCCUCGCAAGCCAGUCAGUCUGCUCAACACUACUUGGUUAGAGGAACCUGAACCAAAUAUUAAACCUUUGAAACCAGGAGUGAGGAGUCAGCUACUGACCGCCAAACCAUCAAGACCUUCUUCCCCUCUGGUUCCACUCGCCACAGUGGACCCUCUCACUUUUAGCCCUAUGUGUGAAAUCUCACCCAUAAGGAGACCAGUGUACUACGAGUCUCUGUCCGACCGGUCUGGAUCCAAUCCCAAUGGUGUCUCCGUAGCUAGGGACGAGUGUGCCCCUCCAGAUGUCCUGCUGCAUGGAAGGAGGCAGCAGAAAAUCACCAGCUUCAUGUCCAAGUGCAGCCCUGUGGAGACGCUCAGCUGCACAUCUAUACUGUCCAAGGAUGUGUUAGUGAGAAAGGUGGAGAAGAUUGCAGCAAGGGAGCAACCAGCACAAGUGGAGGAGACUGAGGUUCUGAAGGAGCUGUUCCCCAAUGACAUCAACAGUCCCACAGGAAUCACUGCUACCUGCCGACGACCCAUCAGAGGCGCUGCCCGUCGCCCGGUGAAGUCCAGUGACCUGUGGAAUGAUCAAAACAGCAUCUUUUCACCAAAGACCACCAAGACAACAAGUUCCUUCUCAUCUUACACACAGAGCUACACCGACAACAGAGUCACCAGCUUGCCCGUUUCUAACUCUACCUCCAGCUCCUCUUUCUCCUCCUCCUCCUCCUCCUCCAGGCUUCUUUCUGCAGUUCCCCCUGCAGGCCAAAUCAAAGCAGCCUCCCGCAGCAUGUCCCUGUGGAAAAAGCUGUUCUUGCUGGCCGUGGUGGCUGGUUUCCUAUUCUUGGUUUACCAAGCCAUGGAGACCAACAUCCUCACCCCUUUUAAACCCUCAGACGCCAAAGUGGCCAGUGGCGGCACAGCGUAGAAAGCACAAGUGUGAAAAUAUUGUGAAUCUGCUUUGUAGCCAUUUUAUCCAUCGGCGCUGUGAAACGACCUAACAUCUUCGCCCGCAUUUUGUCACGUUUUUUCCUUUUUUUAAAUUUCUGUAUCAAUAUUCAGUGAAUCCCUUUAGAGAAGCAAUGUAGCAGUUGCAUUGACACUGAAAUCUCCAUGUUAUGAAAGCAAAGUAACUCCUUUGCUGACUCAAACUUUGUAUUACCAUGUUCAUUUUUGUUGUGUGUUUGAUGUGUGUGUGUGAGAGUGAGUGAGGGUUUUUCACAUUAUGCCUUAGUGUAAAUCUGUUAGUCAUUAACAGCUGUGAAGAUGGAGUUUGAACCUGUAUUUCCUUUCUUUUUUGUUCCUUACUUGACCAUCAUUGUUAAUGAGACAGGGAGGCUUGUUAUUAUACACCAAUUCCUUUUCAAUCUUAUUAAACCCCACACAGAUAUUUUCUUAAUGUGUUCCUCUUAUAAAUUGAAUGACCUAUUGUGUUCUACUUAAUUAUGUAUUCACUGUCAAAAAUAUUGAAUAUCCACUCAAUAAACUAUUAUGACUUUA